UACUAGUGGUGGGCGCGGUUUGCAGGAGCCUGUCGUGUACGCUUUAAACAGACUGUUCUGCAGCAUGUCUCAAUCUUGUAAUACGAGCACUUGUGGUGCAUGCAUCAGCAGUGUAAGGAGAGGGAGUCUUUCCAAGAUAGCGGCAAACAUCGCCGAAGCAGAGCUCCUGCAGGAACUUGCUGCUUUUACCGAUUGACAUACUGUGGGUGAUGCUGGAUGUGGAUCGCAAUCGCCCAAAUUUAUCCACACCUUUGUUUGUUUUUUCUUUGGAGAGCUGAUUUAAACACCCGUGGCUUGAAACAUAAGAAAAACCGACGAAUCUGCAGAUGGAUGGAGUUUCUAGUGCUGGCCUCCAUGCUGGAUCUUUGUUUUGCACACAUCUAUCGUGGAUGUAUGGAGAUAUCUGUCAUUUUGUCCACCAGGGCUCCACAGUCACGUGACUGAAAACUACCUUAAAAAGUCCGAUGAAGAGUUGUGGAAAUGACACGUUUUCAUGCAUAUGAUGCCCAAUGCUCCACAGAGGAGAUUUAGUAAUUUAGGAUUUACGUUACUUUUGAGGAUUAAAGCCUCUCAGCUGCAUUUUUCUUACAGGGUAAGAGCAUUUUGCCUAACCCGACUUAAACCACCGACCUAUCUGUGACUGUCAUAUAUUAGCUAACCUUCCCUUUGGCUGCUGGAGCACAGUCACAUCGCUUUAUAGCAGCUGUAAAGCAUCCUCCGUUGUUAUCUUUAUAACCCGCCUGUAGUGGGACAAGUUCUUCUCUGCAGUUUAUGAAAGUGUCCAAGUCAUGCCUUUUUUAGAAUUCAUAGCUGGGAGCAUUUCCGGUAAGAAAAACUACAUUUUACAUUUAACAUAUUUGCGUGCAUGUCAUAACAUGUCCUUGCUGGUUCAUGUAGGUGCAGUGGGACUUGCAGUUGGACAUCCAUUAGACACUGUGAAGGUGCGACUGCAGGCCCAGUCUGUGUACAAAGGGAUAUUUGACUGUUUAUCUAAAACAUACUCUAAUGAGGGGCUCCGUGGAUUCUUCAAAGGCAUGGCAUUUCCGGUGCUGACCACAGGCAUCACAAACUCUGUUGUCUUUGGUUACUACAGUAAUGCCUUAGAUUACCUCACUCAAUCUCAGCGCAGUGACCGCAAUCAGGGAAAACCGGCCUCUGCUGCACAGGUCUUCGCAGCCGGCUCCUUCUCAGGUCUGGUGCAGGUGUUUGUUUUGGCACCCAUUGACCUGGUGAAGGUGCGUCUGCAGGGUCAAACAACUGCUGUCCGAUACCGGGGACCCAUUCACUGUGUUGCCGUCAUCUUGAAGGAGGAGGGGCCCAGGGGUCUGUUCAGAGGAGGGUUUGCCCUCGCCCUGAGGGACGUACCCUGCUAUGGACUCUACUUUUUGCCUUACGAGGUCACUCGAAAGGCUCUGACCGAGACUGGCAAAGAGUCAGGUACAUUUGCAAUAUUGAUGGCAGGGGGCUUGGCGGGAGUGGUGACCUGGGCCUUUGCCACACCCAUGGACGUGGUGAAAGCCCGGCUCCAGAUGUCAGGAGCUGGCGGCCGGGAGUACAGCGGGGUCCUCCACUGCAUGAGAGAGAGCAUCAGAGAGGAGGGAGUGAGGGUCUUUUUCAAAGGCCUGACACUCAACAGCCUGAGGGCCUUCCCCGUCAACGCCGUCACCUUCCUAAGCUACGAGAUGCUGAUGAAGACUUUCUAUCCACCGACGAGAUGACCUCACUCUGUGCCGCACCUUUGAAAGAUCUACCCAUGUUGUGGAGGAUUUAUUCAUACACAAUAUGGCUGUAGGCUAGAUAUUCUCAGGAAGACUUGACAUUAUCAGUUGAAAUGGUCUCAGUUUUAGACAAUCUGAAGAUGAUGAGUAUUGAAAUACUGCUUUUUUCAAUUUUGUAAGUCUGUGUGGAAUAGGUCAACUCUCAUUCAGCAAGGAUCAAAAACUUGAACACACUGCAGCUAAGCGUAAUUGAUGAAAAUGUUCAAAUUCAGCUCCAGCUGAGUUUCUUGUGACUUGCACAGCUUUAAUGGAGCAUAUCACGGCGAAGCUGCUCAUAUUUACUGGACAUCAGAUCCAUUGUGCUACAAAAUAUGAAUGUAACUGAAAAAGGUGCAUUUUCAACUAUAGGUUUUACAUUUUAUUUAAAAGCAUUUUCUUUCUCUCAAUUUUCUAAUAAAUGAACAACGGAAAGAAUGUAGAUGAUUUCAUUAUUGAUGAGCGGUCCCCCCUCCUGAGAUGAGAUCUCUCAUCUGUUGCUCUGAAGUCAGAGCUGUCUAGUUUUGGCCUGCUGUUCACAAACUGUGGAUGUUUAUAUUGCUGGAAUUCAUUCAGUCUCUUGUCAGGGAUUCUCAUGUUUCAUCCAUGUAGUGUUUCACGGAGUCGUUGCAUGUGAUGUCAAACAUCACUACAGGUUUUGUCCAAGCAGAGGUCCUAUUUCCCUUACAGGUUUGUCCUGUUUGUAUCAGCAGCCAUCUUAAGGUUUUGAAUGGCUUGUGGUAAGUCCUGUCAUGGUGAGACUUGAAGACUGAUUAGAUGUUCUGAUAGCCCAGCCAUGCAACAUCCCUUGUAAGUUUGCAGUAUGCGCUCUGGUCUUAAAUGGCGAGGAAGGAUUGGGUGGACCUUGAGUUAAAGCUGCUGUAAUUAACUUUUUUUUUUGUUAACUACAGAUCGAAUGCCUGUGUGCAACAUGAAAAGGGUCACUUGUAGAAAAUCAUCACCUGACUGCAGUUCCCUUAAGCACUGCAGAGAGUUUUAGUGUUUUUAAGCUGCAAAAGAGCCAGAUAUUUCACUCAAGAGUUAGUAGCGACUAAAAACAAGGCUAGAUGGGGAGUAAAUAAUGGAAGUGCACUUGCCUGGAGGCCAAAAUCUCCAGUUAAUCUCAAUGCUUUUCCAUGUUUGCCAACACAGUCACCAUGUAAACUAAGGCAAUAAAAUGUCAAUGUUUGUAUUUAGAGCUUGUUGUGCAUCAUAGUUUUUGUCAAAAAGCAAUUUCCAAAUUGAAUAAUAAAUGAAAAUGUGUUGUUUACACGU